AUGUCAGUUUACACUGCUUCGGCCACUGCGCCAGUCAAUAUUGCUACCUUGAAAUACUGGGGCAAAAGGGACAAGACGCUCAAUCUUCCCACAAACUCAUCCAUCUCAGUCACCUUGGACCAACAAGAUUUGAGAACCUUGACCUCCGCUGCCACCUCAGCUGACUUCCAAAAAGACAACUUAUGGUUGAAUGGUAAAGAAGAAGGUAUCAAGGGUGAGAGAACCAUCGCUUGUAUAAAAGACUUGAAGAGAUUGAGGAAGGAGUUGGAAGACGCAGACUCAUCGUUGCCCAAGUUUUCCGAAUGGGGUGUCCACAUUGUUUCUGAGAACAACUUCCCAACUGCUGCUGGUUUGGCCUCCUCGGCUGCUGGCUUUGCUGCAUUGGUCCUGGCCAUUGCAAAGUUGUACAAGCUCCCGCAGCUGAUGUCUGAAAUUUCCAAGAUCGCUAGAAAAGGUUCUGGUUCUGCUUGCAGAUCCUUGUUUGGCGGCUACGUUGCAUGGGAAAUGGGUGACGCUCAGGACGGUCUGGACUCCAAGGCCGUGGAGGUCGCUCCAGUCGACCACUGGCCCCUGAUGAAGGCCGCUAUCUUGGUGGUUUCUGACGACAAGAAAGACACACCCCUGACGACAGGUAUGCAAAGCACUGUGGCCACUUCCGAUUUGUUCCAAUACCGUAUCAAGGAGGUUGUGCCAAAGAGAUUCGAAGAAAUGAAGAAGGCCAUCCAGGAACGUGACUUUGAGGUGUUUGGUGAUUUGACCAUGAGGGACUCCAACUCCUUCCAUGCCGUGUGCUUGGACUCUGUUCCUCCUAUCUUCUACUUGAAUGACACGUCAAAGAAGAUCAUCAAGUUAAUUCACAAGUUGAACGAACAGGAAGGUAAGAUCAUCGCCGCCUACACCUUUGAUGCUGGUCCAAACGCCGUGAUCUACUACGAGGAGCACAACGAGAACAAGGUUCUUGGAUUGAUCCACAAGUACUUCCACCAAGUUCCAGGCUGGGACAAGGUCGCCGACAAGAAGGCCAACUUCCAGGACUCUACCAUUGAGUUCGACACUGAGGCUUACAAGGGUGUCAGCAGAAUCAUCUUGACCAAGAUCGGCCCUGGCCCACAGGAAACCAACCAAGCCUUGGUUAACGAACAGGGCUUGCCAAAAUAA